AGGAGACGUCUUCCGAUUCGCUUUAUCUCUCUCGAUAUUAUUCUCUCGUGUCCUCUCUUUCGCUCUUCUCAAAGAAAUCUCUGCAUGAACAUACUCAACAGGUUCGGGUUGGGAUCAAGCGGGCAAACGAGAAUGGAUCCUUCUCCGAUCGCUCAAGGAAACGACGAUGACGCUCCGGCGCCGGGAAAUCAGUUUGCGCAAUUCGGCGCAGGAUGCUUCUGGGGGGUCGAGCUUGCUUUCCAGAGGGUCCCGGGGGUGACUCAGACCGAGGUUGGAUACACGCAAGGGAUCAUCCAUAAUCCUUCGUACGAGGAUGUCUGUUCGGGCACCACCAGCCAUUCCGAGGUUGUUAGGGUUCAGUAUGAUCCCAAAGAUUGCAGCUACGAGUCUCUCCUUGAUUUGUUCUGGUCUAGACAUGAUCCCACCACCUUGAAUCGCCAGGGAAAUGAUGUGGGAACACAAUACCGAUCUGGUAUAUACUUCUAUACACCCGAGCAGGAGAAACUAGCCCGGGAGUCACUGGAACGCCACCAGCUAGAAAUGGAGAGGAAGAUCAUGACUGAGAUAUUGCCGGCUAAGAAAUUCUACAGAGCUGAGGAAUAUCAUCAGCAGUACCUUUCAAAGGGUGGGCGGUCUGGUCUCGGGCAGUCCGCUGCCAAAGGCUGCACCGACCCGAUCCGCUGCUACGGCUAAAAAAAAGCUGGUUUACUCUGCUUCUCUCCCAAACCAGAGGAUUUUUAUGGACGUGUGUGUAAAAACUGAUGAAGUAAGUUAUGCUACUUCUUUGAAAUUUUAUUUGCAAUUCUGUAAUAUUUUGAUGUUACACAAUAUGAACAUAAACUAAAACAAUCAUCGCUAUCGUUAAUAAGUUAAACAAAUUGCCUUCGUUUUCAACCAAUAACGUUUAUAGCGACU